CUUCCUUACAGGAACUUUAGAACCUGGAAUUCAUUUACAGUACUUACGGCAUACACGCCAUAGCGUUUGCAGGUCUCGGUCCGAUGGAUUUAUUCUCUCAAAUAUCAGAAAGGGCGAACGGAGCCCGACGGUUGCAGAGAUGAUCAACCGAACUACUUACCCCGGCGAUUGCGAGCCAACCUGUCAGCCUCAAACCCGCUCAGGUCCUGAGCCCGGCUUUAUGCAUGCAUCUUGUUGACAUGCAGCAUGACUGCUUACCCCUCUACCUCCGGUCUGGGAAUUGCGGUACCACAGGGAUCCAUGUCCGUCGUACGUCACAUGCAUAGCCAACCAGGAAAUAAGCGCAACACUCCCCGUGCAGCGUUCUCUUGUCCUCCAUCCAGAACAGGCUCCAGAACUUCUUCUCGCGACGGCGAUCAUAUCGGAUACCCCAAUAACCUGACAGAUCUACAUGCAACUGCUAUAGAAGACAUCGGUUUGCAAUCUUUCCGGAGAAUGGAGGGCCUGCGUCUAGCUGCCGUUGGGGAUGCCAUGGUGGAAUUCAACAUUGGAGAAUGUGGCGAUGGAUCAACUUCGAGGUUCCGAGAAGGUGGUCGUAUCGCUGUCGACUCUACUAUGACGCCUGGAGGCGGAACAGUUGUUCGACCCCGUCAUCAGAACCUGUCGAUGACCCCCGGUUUACUUCCCCCUUCUCACACAAUUCUUAAUAUUGGGAGCACACCCACCAGGAACGCUGCCGAGCUCAGGGCAUUAUUGGGAAAUUCAAAUGCCCGCUUAAAGCCGAGAGCUGUGAUGCUUCCAUCCCCAGGGGAGCGUCCCGUCAAGAAGAUUAAAGCUGUCGACGCAGUGUCGCUUGAACAAGCCAAACAACGGGCUCGCGUCGAGGUUGACGUUGUUCUCGAAAGUGAUAUGUGCGUGCAAGGUGGAUUUGUCCGAGGACAUAUCAAAGUUCAUGUCCGGAAACGGUCCAAGAAGGAGUCGCCCGUACUUCUCGCUGAGGGGAAGUUGCGCAUCGUCGGGUUCGAGACAAUACCGAAUGAAGGAGACUACCACACAUUCUAUCAAUGUGCAUCUCCCUUUUCCGUCAUCACGGAUGCAUCUCAGAGCUUGUACGUCUCUUCUCCGGACCUAGAAGGGUACGCGCAGGCUGUGGAAGGUGUUCAUGUCUUACCUUUCGCCAUGGAACUUCCGGUGAACAGUCCCUUUGGUUGUGCGAAGGGAGUUGUGAAUAUGCGCUCUGGCCUGACUGUGCGCUACGUCGCUAUGGUGUCAAUCAAGGUCAAGGACGCGGAAAGCGGUAGACGUUCUAUUGCGCAUUUCUAUCGCAAUUGUGAGGUUUGGCCUCUACUGGACCCCAAGGUGAUUCUUGCAGCAGCUCCGCGACCACUCCAAGCUUCGACAGCGAAGAGUCUCUCCAUGCUUGGCGGCGGUGGCAGUAAUGACAAGGUGAAACUCACAGCGAACCUCCAUCGGCUCCACUGGGUAGCCGGUCAACGUUGCUAUGUGCGUGUUCUUGUAAACAAUGGGAGCAAGAAGACUGUAAAGAGUCUAACGCUAUGUUUAAUUCGUACCACGACGAUCUUCAAGCCCCGCCCCGGGUUGGAUGCUGGCCACGAAAGUAGCGCGGAUCCGGACGCCUGCCAAACUUCGACUACUCAUAAGUUGAUUACUGAGACAGUGUUGGAGAUGGCUCAGCGUAGCGCGAGGGGACAUGCUAGCGCGAAGGGUUGGUGGACAGGCGUCAGGCCUGGACAAGACUUGGAAUUCGCUCAUUUCAUAUUGCUCCCACCUAAUGCGCUUUCUAUUACUCGAGGACGACUAUUGGAAGUCGAAUAUUCCAUCCGCGUCACGCUCAGUGCAGGUUCUCUAACCUCCGACAUCUUCGUAACCCUCCCAAUCCGAAUCAUCAACUUCAUGUCCAUAGAUCCUAUUCCCAGCGCCGGACUGUUAUCUCCCAAUGGCGCAUACUCUCGCACCGUCAAACAUCUCUCGCCUCACCAACUGUCUGCGAAUCAACCUUACAAAUCCAUGUCCGCCGACCCAACGUCCAAACACGUUCGACAUCCCGCUUCUGACGACCGUAAGCUUCCUGCAUCGUCUUCACACGGCAGGUCCAAAGUAGUGGAUACACAGUCCUCUGCCUUGGCGUCUUCCGCAUCUUCUGCAUCCUCCGCAUUGUUCGCCCCACCUCAACUCCAAAUAACAAACCCAGACCCACGUUCGGACUCCUCGGACUCAGAAGGGACUCCCAUCGCACAUCGGAUUCAACAAGCCCUCUCCGAAGUCAGCGUAUACUCAACUGACACCAGUCUCGGAAGUGGUUUAAGCUCUACCUCAGCUUCCGCUUCUUCAUUCAACUCUUACGCGAGCCAGGAUCGCAGGUUGGGUAAUAUGUAUUGUCCUUCAGGUAUGGAUGAUGUAGAUUCUGAUGCGGAAUUGGCGUAUGUGAUGGGCUCGGUUAAGUUGGAACAGAGGGAGGGGUGGAAUGAUUCGGAGUUUGAUGUCAGGGAUGAAGGUGGGAGUGCGAAUGGGAAUGAGAGUUUCGAAAAUAUCGAGAGCGAUGAGGGAUAUUCGUCGAUUAACACUUCAGAUCUUUCAGGCUAUUCCGACGCGAGUCAGGAUGGGUCAAGAGGUAUGGAAGGUGUAGGUCGCAUCACGUUCGCUUCACGCGUCCAGGAGAAGAUAACUGCUCGGGCUCAGAAGACACACGAGGCUAUGGGGAGUCAACCCGAACCUUAUCUGGACAUGAACGAAGAAACUCCUCGCGCUGGGUAUACUGCCCCGGUCACUAGGAGAAGACGCAACCAUGACUUGCCUGUGGUUACUGGAACGCAACAGCAACAGCAGAAAUCUAAUCAUCGAAGGAUCCCGUCUUGUGUCCGUGGACCGAGGGACUCGCGGGUGCUUCCUCGACCUCCCAUGUCUGACUUGGAGAGGAAGUCUACGGGUUCCCUCCCAAGUAACACUUCACUUUCGUCAUCUGGGUCAUAUAGUCAAGAGCUCCCUCGUCCCCCUUCGAUGGACGUCCACUCUCAAAACCGACCUGUCGAAGGGAUGCAACAAGCUGGAGAAUCGUCUAUCUCUGUGAAGCACAAGGUCGCGGCUUUGGAACAUAGAGUUAACACCGCGCGGGGAAGUGGAGAUGCUUACGUUUAAUACGCCGCUUCGUGGAGGAUAUGUGGAUGGUGUUCUUGCACGUGUAGACCUAAACCCGUUUGGAAGUUUGUUAACGAAUAUGGACUUUCACCUACUAUGCCUAGAUCGGUUAUGACGUUAGAGAUUGUAGCAUCUGUGAUCUAUCAGUAUCAUCGUGCAUGCUUAAUUUUAUUCUGAGUGUAAUGCUACACGUAUUUAGUCUCUGGUAAUACACGAGGUAGUCUCUAUGCAGUUUUAGUACUGUAGAUCGCA